AUGGAGAACCAAACUUCUGCGACUGAAUUCCUUCUCCUGGGUCUCUCCAGCAGCUCAAAAGUGCAGCUUCUAUUGUUUGGGCUGUUUACAGUCAUCUACACUCUCGCUCUGGUGGGAAAUACGAUCAUACUGGUACUGACUUGGCUGGAUUCCCAGCUCCGCACACCUAUGUACUUCUUCUUGAGACAUCUCUCACUUGUAGACAUCUGCUACAUUUCCAGCACUGUCCCCCAAAUGCUGGCCAACCUCUUGAAUCCCAAGAGAAUUAUUUCUUUUGCUGGGUGUGGUGUUCAAACAUACCUCUUUCUGGCCUUAGGCAUCACUGAAUGUGUUUUAUUAGCAGUCAUGGCAUAUGAUCGGUACAUAGCAAUAUGUCAUCCACUGUCCUACACUCUGAUUAUGGACCAUAUAUUUUGCAUAGGGCUGGCAGCAACAGCUUGGAUGUGUGGUUUUCUUCUUGCUACAAUUCAUACUGUUCAGACUUUGCAGAUGCCAUUCUGUGGCCCGAAUGCGAUUAACCACUUCUACUGUGAUAUCCUGGCGCUACUUAAACUUGUUUGUGCUGACACACACAUGAAUGAAAUCACUGUGUUUGUUAUUGGCAUUCUUAUUCUUCUUUGCCCUUUUUGCUUGAUCUUGAUCUCCUACAUCCAAAUCCUUGUGGCCAUCUCAAGGAUUCACUCUGCUGUGGGACGGCUCAAAGCAUUUGCAACCUGUGCCUCACACCUUACAACGGUCUUACUAUUCUAUGGCAGUGCCAUGUUCAUGUACAUGAGGCCUGGGUCUAGCCAUUCACCAGAUCAGGACAAAAUGAUUUCUCUCUUCUACAGUGUCAUCACUCCUUUGUUCAAUCCCAUCAUAUACAGUCUGAGGAAUAAGGAGGUGAAAGGAGCUAUAGUGAAAGUGAUGCAAAGGACCACAGUGUUCUUAGGGAGGUAG